AUGUCGUUGUGCCAGAACCGUCUCCAAGAAGAGCGAAAGCAAUGGCGUCGCGACCACCCAUUUGGCUUUGUCGCAAAGCCGAAACGUGCCCCGCAGGGUGGCCUGGACCUGAAGAACUGGGAAUGCGCCAUUCCAGGGAAGGCUAACACUCUAUGGGAAGGCGGUCUCUUCAAAAUCGACUUGAUUUUCCCCGAUGAAUAUCCUACCAAGCCUCCCAAAUGCAAAUUCACGCCACCACUGUUCCACCCCAACGUCUAUCCUUCCGGAACUGUUUGCCUGUCAAUUCUGAAUGAGGAGGAGGGUUGGCGACCUGCCAUCACUAUUAAGCAGCUCUUGCUUGGUAUCCAGGAUCUUCUGGAUGACCCGAACCCCGAGUCACCUGCUCAGGCCGAUGCCUACAACCUCUUCAAGAAGGACCGUCCUGCUUACGAGCGCAAGGUUCGCAUCGCUGUCAAGGAAAACCAGCCCAAUUAG